UGUGACAUUUAGCCUUUCUCAACAUAUUUCUCGUAUUUCCUUUUAUUUCAACCACUGCGAAACCAAAAGACCAAGAAAAUCCCCGAAAGAAACAAAAAUGGAAAAAAGAAUUAUGAGUCGAGAAAAAAUCGUGCAGGUGUUUGCUACUUCUUUCUGCUGUUGCUCUGAACAAUUUAAUUUUUCAAAAAUAACAAUUCCAAUAAAAAGACGAUUAGAUGGACUUUAAACAAUUUAUCAAGAUUAAAAAGAUUAACUACAAAAUUUGGAUUGUGAUUGCGAGUUCAAAGAAAAAAGUGAAUCGGCAAAUUGUCUUUUCUUAAGUUGAGUCUUGAGUGUUUCCACACAUUGCUUGUUCGAAAUAUAUAAAUACAAAAAUAAUGUUGUUAUUUGUUUAUUAAUUGGAACAACUAACGCACAAUAAAAGGAAAUUCCGAGUCUAGAAAGUGUCAUUCAUUGUUGAAAUCUUGAAUAUUAUAAAAUUGAGAACUGUUUUUGAAAAAUAUAUCCGCCUCCAUCAAAAAUCUCAAAUUUCUUCUGUCUUGGCGUCGUCGUCGUCUCCACCUCUGCUGCUCCCGACCGUCGCCGCCGUUCCAUAGCACAUACAAUUCAUAUUCACGUACAUCUACACAAUUCAUUCAUCCAUCGUGCGUCGGUCGCUUCCGAUAAGAUUGCCGAACGUAAAAUCAAGUGAAAAGUUUGAAUAAAAUCAAUUCCAACUUAAGUUUGCGUUUAUUGAAACAAUAAUCCACCUAUGGCAGCAGCAAGUUCACAAUUCAGUGAUGUUGAUGAAUAUGGCUUUAAACGUUGCGAAAAUUUUGAUUACAAAAUGUAUGAAAAAUUCAUGUCAAGUUACCUGAAAACACUUACCAAACGACGAAUACGAUGGGAUGGAUUAAUUCAAAAAAAUACCGACCUCACAAAUGUCAAUUCAACUCUAAAACGUUUCAUACGAAAGGGGAUUCCAGGUCCCUACCGUCCUGAUGUAUGGAUGAAAAUAUCCGGAGCAAAUAAACUUCAAGAACGUUCUCCCGAUCUCUAUCGAAAUUUGCUUAAUGUGAAUUACGACAAAGAAAUAAGUGAUUCCAUAAAAAUCGAUCUACCUCGAACAUUUCCAGACAAUAUAUUUUUCGAUACGAAAAAAGAACAACUCUACAAUACGCUAAUAGCGUAUGCACAUCAUAAUCGGGAGAUAGGUUACUGCCAAGGACUGAAUUACAUUGCAGGUCUUUUAGUCAUAAUCACCAACGACGAAGAGCAAUCCUUUUGGCUUCUCAAACAUAUUGUAGAAAGUGUUGUACCUCAGUAUCAUACAAAAAACAUGGCAAAUCUUUUAAGAGAUUUAGCUGUAUUCAAGGAAUUGGUCAUUCGCAGAGUACCUGAUGUGAAUAGACAUAUCGAAAAUUUGGGUCUUCCUUAUGCUGUGAUAGCCAGCAAGUGGUUCAUUUGUAUAUUUGCUGAAGUGUUGCCUGUGGAAACGGUCCUAAGAAUAUGGGAUUGUGUAUUUGCAGAAGGUUAUAAAGUCGUAUUCCGUGCUGCAUUGGCACUCUUUCUUACACACAAGGCGGCGAUUCUUGCCUGCGAUGACAUUGCUGCAUUGGCAAAUCUCUUUCGCGAAGGGAUGCUUCGCGAUGAAAUUGUUAUGAAUUGCCAUGAAUUCAUCGAAGCAAUGUUUAAAUUACGCCUGCAACGAAAAGAACUAGAAGCGUUAAGAAAGAUAUGCGUUGGACGGAAUAAUACGUAAACAUAAAGCCAGAAAAAAAAAUAUUGACUCAAAUUUAACUCACCAAAAAAUAAAAAACAAAAACAAAAACAACAAAUUUACCUAUGGAAACAAUAUACGCCCUCAGAAACAAACAAAAUUAGAAUAACAAAAUUUAACACAAAAAUGACAACAAAAAACACUGAAAACAUCAAUACUACAGAGUAUGUAAUCAAUAAUUUACAAUUAAACAAUUAAGUAGCAAAACUAACAUUUAAAUAACUUAUUACUGUGUAGUGUUUUAGAGGUAAAUAAUAUCAGAGUAAGUGUUUUAAAAUUGUAUUAGCUUAGCGUAGAGCUUGUAAUAAUAAUUAAUGUAUGUAUUUAAAAAACAAAUUGUUAUAGUAUGUAUUUUUAAGUGUUUAAGAGUAUAAUGUGAACAUUUGGCGUUUAAUGCGUUUCUUCCGUUUUAUUGAUAUAAAUGUUUAUCCCAGAAUCCCCUGUUAUUGACCUUGGAUGUAUCACAAAUUCCAUGGUUAUCAGAAACUUGCUAUUUAAAAUUUCCAUUUAACUGUUUAUCUCUUACAUAUUUCCAUUACGCAUAGACUGUGAAGUAGUAGAAAUGAACAUGGGUAACAUGGUACUUAAUGUUUUUCUGUAUUUCUUAAAAGUUUGCUAGCAUUUCAAAAAACAUUCUUAAAUAUUCCAAAAAGAUAGCUAUUUUUAUAAAACCAAUUUAAGUCCGUUUAAAAGUAUUUCCAUCAUGUUGCAUAUUUAAGCAGAAAUUCAUUUUAUUCAGUUAUAACAAGGAUGGGUUCCAGCUGGAUUAAGAUAUUGAGUGUUCUGUUGUUUUUAUUGUACUUAGAUUAAGUUACUGCGACUUUGCUUUAAUGCAGAAAUAACGAAGCCUAUUUGUGUUCCAUUUCAUAAUCAAAAGAUAUAUAACUAUUCAAGAGAUCUCAUUAGCCUAUUUUCAUCCAAGUAUGGCUUUAAAACGAUAUACUGCUAGCGAAAUGGGAAGAAUUAUUGUUUGUAAUGAAAAAAUUCAUAUGUUCUGUGAAGUAUGUACUUGAUUUCCGAUGAACCGGCUUCAGAUUGAAUUAGUUUUUAUAUUAGGCGCUCUGCACGUUCAUAUUCCUUUGAUGUCAAAAAACGAUGUAAUUUCCGUAUGCCGAGUUGAGAAUUCAUAUUUUACGUAUUAUUUGAUGAACAUUUUGGAAAACAAUUUGUUUGGCAUAAGAUAUAUUCAGGCCAAUCGUCGUCUAAUGUGAAAAGAAACUGCGGUGCCUGUAUCUAACGAUACUAGUCCCCGUUUCCAUUUUGUGGUGUCAUCAGCUGGACUCUUUUCUGACGGCACGUAUGAUGUUUGCUAUAUCAUGUAUUUCUUCUAUUCUAAAUACUUCCAAUGCUUUCGCGCAUGAUCUCAAACAACCAAGUACUGUAACAGCAUCCGACUAGAAAAAUGUUUGAUGAAGGCGAAUCGAUAAAGAUUGAGGUAUACUGAUUGCAAAAGAUGCUCCAAUCACUGCUAACACUAGUUCCAAUUGUGGAAUCGAUAAAAGUUUGAUGGGAGCCACUUUUGUCUUAGACCCCAAUAAUGAACACCUUAUGUCACCACUUUUUUGUACCCAAAGGUACGCAGUUGCAGCUUACAUCAACGAAGAUGUGGAGCUGUGUCUCGAUUCCAGAUUGAUUCAACUAAAUACCACAUUGGAAUGAAAGCUCUUUCCUCUUUCGGCAGUUCCUUUAACCACCUGAACCAUUUUUCCUACCGUUAACUCCAGAGCGCCAAACUUUCUGCCUAAGAACAUUUAAGUAACUCGUAAAGUGGCUUAUUAGCCCAAGGGGGUCAGCAAAAAUUUACAUCAGCACUUUAAGUAUUUUACGUUUUGUUGGCUUUCUUUGAUCGUUUAGAACUUCUUGAUUGCCUUUGUUGAUACUCAAUGAGAAAGUAAGAACAUAAGAUUUAGUAUCCCACCACAUAGCCAAUACAUUCUUUGUGGCUUUCACAUAAGUGUGUUCUUCUUCCAAGGCCGUCAUUCUUUCCAUUGAGUUAGAUUUCCAUUUUGUUAUCUGAAAUCCUCCGGCAGCAUGAAUCAUUUUUACUUCUUUGGCUAAGGUGAUGGCUUGUCUACUGACGAGCAGGUCAUUUAUAUAAUGAUUUUUGACUAUUGCUUCCACCGCUCUUGGAAAAUGCUUUUCGAAUCUUAACGCGUUUUUAUUUUUUAAUGAACUGUGCGCUACUCGGUGAACAGGUUGCUCUAAACUAAAUUACUUCGUGGAUCAAUCUCUUGGAAUGUUCUAAAACUUCGUUCACAAGUCAUAUAAGAACAGCGGAUAUAAAAACUGAACGAAUAUUUCCGGCGAGUAGUAUGUGUUAACAAAAAUGUUUGCGUUAAAUCUAAGUGCAGUCAGACAAUAAAGUGACAAGUUUAGUGGCUGUAUUCUGAUGCUCUGCUUUGUGUCAGAGUUUAUUUCUUAGUAGGAAUUUAAUAUUUUUAAUUGUUCUUGGACUUUUUCUUUUUUCUGGGCAAUAGAGGAAAAGGUCAGUCGAAGUUAUUAGGUUUAUACCAUUUAGUCUCAAAAAUCUUGACAGAUAUCCAAAUAAAGGUCUGGAUGAGUUGUUAUGGAUUUAGGCUGGUGAGAAAUCAUUUGAAAUCCCUUUUAGAAUGGAGUUAAAUUUUGUACAUAGUUUUGGGGGAAAGAAAAUACCUCUUUACCACUUUUUAAACAUAACGUUGUCUGAAUCGCUCUAUAUUCAAAAUUAUGAUAAUCGUAUUGAUCCAUUUGUUUUUCAAGAUGCUUGAAUCGGUUGACCGUACUGAGGUCUAUGUAUCUUUUUUUCCUUUUUAAAACAGUGGUGGAAUCGGCUAAGGUGAUAGUUGACUAUCAUUUUCAUUCCGUCUGUGUAAGAUGAUUCAACUCAAUUCAAUUCGAUUGAACAUUUUCAGAUUCAAAUUGUCAAAAUUCGUUGUUGACUUGGUGUAAAUUUUAAAUUGAUUGUUGUAAAGUAUCUACAUAAGUUUCAAAUUUGCUGAUUUUUAAUAAAAUUCUUAUUUUUCUUGCUUAUGUUUUUUUAAAGAAACCAAGUGAGUUAAGAAAAUUUUCCAGUCGUUUGUGUAAGCGUCUGGAAGCUUUAUUAGGAAUAAACAUAUUUGUUUGAAAAUGACUAUCACAUUUUUUGUGACAUAUUUUUAGGUAUCAAUUUGACUAUCACCUUACGUAGAUCAAAUUCGAUCGUUUUGAUUGUCAUUUAUCAACAAUCACCUUAGCCGAUUCUAAUCCAGCUUUAUAUGCUUCGUAGUCGGCUUGGAAAUCUCGUCUCAUCAAAUUAAACCUUUCGAGCAAAAACAAUUUUUCAAGAACUAGAACUACCCAACCGUCACUAGCUUAUGAGGUUUUUGAUCAAAGCAGUAUUGCUUGUUAAGUCUUAGUAUUUUAGAACCAACUUUUGCUUCUUGUGCUGGUGGUGCCCCGUUCUUGUACUUGUCUUGUCUCUUUCCGACUAAAUAUAAAUAAGAAAACCCUAUCAAUUAUAAAUAAAUAAAUAAAUUGGGUGGCGCAACAGUUCGUUUGUGCGAGAUUUGUUUUCAGGGAUGGAAGGGAUCUACAAUUUUAAGCCGAAUCCGAACGGCAAAUUUGAGAAAGCACUUUUCAUGACAAGAAUUACUCUUGGAGAAUUUGUCAAUGCCUCGCAAGAGGCAGUACCCCUGAAAAAAACUUUAUACAGGGAUCGAACCCAAGACCUCUCGCAUGACAGUCCAUCGCACUAACCAUCAUGCCACGGGUACUAUCAAUUAACCAAGUCAAAGUGUAGUGUAGGUCUCUCCGAUGUAAACGUUGAUCGUGUCACGUACGGCAGCUUAUUUGGUAAACUGUUCCACCCGGGUUAUAUCCGUGUGAGCAAUCUAUUGCUGACUAAUGUUUUUGAUAUUACCUACCGUUGGUUUUUUUUUGUAGUGAUGAGUGUAAGAUUAUUUUACAUAAUUAAAUCAUCGAUUAGGGAUAAAAAGGAUAAAUGCUCAAAAAUGUAUAAUUAACUAUUUAAAAUUAAUGAGCUAGUUAAACAAAACGAGGACAUACAUUCCAUGGUGUCAAAUCUUUCCCAUGUUGUUAAAAUUAACUUUGAAAGCAAAUCAAUGAAUUAAGUCAAUUUAUACUUGAUUCCCAUAAUUCUAAUGUGACUAUAGGUGAUGAACUGAAAAUUAAAUUAGUAAACACAGAUUCUAACCAUGUUCAAUCUUCUUGCGUGAAGAAAUGAAACAGUCCAUGAAAAUUAUUCUCUCUGACACAAAUAUUAUCCGAAAUGAUCUAGAUGUGUAACUCAAAAAUUCCUCGGGCAUCAAGAAUAAAGCCAUCUUCAAUCAUAUACUAAAUGACAUAAAUAAUGAUAUUUUUGCUGCAAGAAUUUUUAAGGAAAGAACUAAGGAGCACGUUGUCUUAGGUUAAGGAUCUUCGACCCUGUACAUCUAUCUACAAUACUUGCAUCCUAAAGGUACCCCAAUCUUUCACACAAAUUUAUCUUGCCGGUUCUACUGUUAAGGAACUUGAGAUGACCCAAAAAAGCCCCAAAAAAUGCUUUUUCAACCGAAUCACCACAUUAAAAAAGGUGGUUACAAAAUUUGGAAUUUUUGGAAGAUGGCAGACUGCAAUGUUAGGUUGCAAGGGAUCGGAUCUGUAAACAACUCCUGGUUUCUACUUCAGAAUACUUCAAAAUCUGCCAACGUUCGUUGGGUUCGAUCAUUUUUCAAGACGGAGUAUUCGAUUGACUUAACAAAAUGUAUUUCCAUGACCCAUAGGUGCUUUAAAUAAUCAUCUCUUUGAAAUACAUAUAUGUAUUUGGUUAUUUCUACAUUUUUGUGGCUAUAUCUUACUAGACACCUUGAAGAUUACAACACUUAGUGGAGAUAACAUUCCUGAACCCAAACCAAUAAUUAACACCCACAAAAAUAAUUCCGAUCCUAAUUGGACCUUUAAAACGAGAAUUUUCCCAAAUUUGUAUGUCCUAUUACAAACUCCACUAUUAAGCCCACCGUAGGAAUUAAGCGGAAUCCCAAAAGAGUGUCUUCCCGAAAAAGUGUUUUUCAAUAUAUUCAAUUUUCCAAGAACCUCGUAUUCGGUUCCUCUUCCUUCCGAACACCCAAACUACUUUCAAAACAGUGUGCAUUGACACACCUAUGUUAAUCAUUAAAAUACCAAUGGAAGGAAAAGGCUUUUUGGACAGUCUUUUGUCCGCUUAAUAGAAUUAAAUUCAAUAAUUCCUACACUUUGUCCAUGUCCGGAGUGCCUACUUAAGGCAAUGUUAAAAUAUCAACCUAAAGAUAUCUUCCAACUAACAAAUAAGUAAACAAUUUAGGACUAUAACGUCUAAAAUUAAACAAAUUCAUUUGUUAUUUAAAAUAAUUUUAUAUUGCUAAUCGUUAUUUUCUUUAUUCAAAAAUUUAAAAUUAAAACAAAUCGGCAU